GCAUUUCGAGGCAGCGUGGGGGUCCUAACGGCUGCGCAGCGUGGCGGGCAGAAGCGCGGUGGCGUGGUCCCCCAGACUCCGGGCGCAGUGGCGGCCUGGGAGCACCGCCGCGGCACGGGUGGCCCAGAAGAUGGGCGGUUGAGCGAAGCCGCAGGGCCCAACCGCAGUCGCCGGGUCUGGGAGGAAGCAGUAUCUUGAAGAGGAAUUGGAGAGUCAAUUCUUAGUAUAGACGAAAGAUGGAGAGCGACAAACACAAUGUCACUCCAUCUCUGAUCUUCGCCAUUGCUAUUGCUACAAUUGGCUCUUUCCAGUUUGGCUACAACACUGGAGUCAUCAAUGCUCCUGAAAUGAUCAUAAAGGACUUUCUCAAUUACACUUUGGAAGAGAGGCUAGACAAUGUUCCUUCGAAGGAGUUGCUCACAUCCCUCUGGUCCUUGUCUGUGGCCAUUUUCUCUGUUGGUGGUAUGAUUGGCUCCUUUUCCGUUGGACUAUUUGUCAACCGCUUUGGCAGGCGCAACUCAAUGCUUAUUGUCAACCUGUUGGCCAUUGCUGGUGGCUGCUUCAUGGGGUUCUGUAAAUUAGCUGAAUCGUUUGAAAUGCUGAUCCUGGGCCGAUUGAUUAUUGGCCUCUUCUGCGGACUCUGCACUGGUUUUGUCCCCAUGUACAUUGGAGAGAUCUCUCCUACUGCCCUACGGGGUGCCUUUGGUACUCUUAAUCAGCUGGGCAUUGUCAUCGGGAUCCUGAUAGCCCAGAUUUUUGGUCUGGAAGUCAUCUUGGGAUCUGAAGAGUUAUGGCCUGUGCUAUUAGGCUUUACCAUCAUUCCAGCUGUCCUACAAAGUGUAGCUCUUCCAUUUUGCCCUGAAAGUCCUAGAUUCUUGCUCAUUAAUCGAAAGGAAGAAGAAAAGGCUAAGGAGACUCUCCAGCAGUUGUGGGGCACCCAGGAUGUGUCCCAGGACAUGCAGGAGAUGAAAGAUGAGAGUGCCAGGAUGGCACAAGAGAAGCGAGUCACAGUACUAGAGCUCUUUAGAGCCCCCAACUACCGGCAGCCCAUCAUGAUUUCCAUUGUGCUGCAGCUGUCUCAGCAACUCUCUGGAAUCAAUGCUGUAUUCUAUUACUCAACAGGAAUCUUCAAGGAUGCAGGUGUUCAGGAGCCAAUCUACGCCACCAUUGGUGCGGGUGUGGUUAACACUGUCUUCACUGUAGUUUCUCUGUUCCUGGUGGAAAAGGCAGGAAGAAGGACUCUACAUAUGAUAGGCCUUGGAGGGAUGGCUUUUUGUUCCAUACUCAUGACUGUUUCUUUGUUAUUAAAGGAUCACUAUACGUGGAUGAGCUUUGUCUGUAUUGGGGCUAUCUUGGUCUUUGUAGCCUUCUUUGAAAUUGGGCCAGGUCCCAUCCCCUGGUUUAUUGUGGCCGAACUCUUCAGCCAGGGACCCCGCCCAGCUGCAAUGGCAGUGGCUGGUUGUUCCAACUGGACCUCCAACUUUUUAGUUGGAUUGCUCUUCCCGUCUGCUGCAUCUUAUUUAGGAGCCUACGUUUUUAUUAUCUUCUCCACCUUCCUCGUUAUCUUCUUGAUCUUCACCUUCUUCAAAGUCCCUGAGACCCGUGGCAGGACUUUUGAGGAUAUUACACGGGCCUUUGAAGGGCAAGCUGGAGAUAGAUCUGGGAAAGGCUCCAACAUGGAAAUGAACAGCAUGCAGCCUUUUAAGCAGUCUACUACCCCUGUCUAAGUCAUGCCUCCUUCCACCUCCCUCCCAACAUGGAAAAGCAACCUCUCCCUGUUUGAGGGAGAGACCUCAUCAGGAUGAACCCAGGACUGCUUUUGAAUGCUGCUACUUGAUUCCUUUCUCAUCCCACACACUUCAUGAGCACUCAGAUGAACACUCCAUGAGCGCCCCAGAUGCUGGGGUUAGUUGGAUUCUCAAUGGCUUUUUAAAUAUUUCAUUUCUUAGACAUUCUCUCCUGUUUAGGAGAGACCAAGUGAACCUACCUUCAUUUCAGGAGGUAUUGGCCACUUGGCAUAUGACAACUUUGCCAGCUUUUCCUCCCUUAGGUUCUAAUAUUGCCCCACUAGGGCACACAGGAGAGGAAGAGUAAGCUGCAAUUCCCCCAACCUCAGACUUACCAGGAAGGAGAUGUACAUAAGAGUGGAAGGCAGAGGGGGAUCAAAUAAGAGCACCUUCCUCACUUCUGUACAGCUCACACGCAAGUUAACUUGAGUUUUAUUUAUUUUACCUUCUGGUUUGAUUACAUAAAUAUUUAUUUUUUUAAGUGUAAAGUAAUUUUACCAAAUAAUGAAAACGUUAGGAAAUUGAGGUGAGAGGGAGGUGUUGAAAAAGAGGUUAUAGAGGAGAAGAUUUGAUGCUAGAGAGGGUAAGAUACAUUCAGAAAGGAAGAAUUUAGGGGAAAAUAUCGGUCGCUAUUGGAGGGUAUGUGAGGUGGUGCCUGAGGUUUGUGUGUUGCCCCUUAACAAUUUCUGUCCUUCAAAUAGAAACUCUUUUAAGUUUGAUUUCUCAAGUCCGUGUGCCUAUAUAUAAAAAAAAAAGCUACUGAUUUUCUUUGGAAUUUUUUUCUUUUAAGAUUAUAGUUUAUCUGUAGUAUUACGUGAAAUCUAGGAGUAACUAAGAUGGGCAUUGUAGUUACUGGCGGUGGAUGAGUUUUAAUUUUGGAUAGAGUCCAGAAAAGGGAAAAUUAUUUCUAGAAAGCCUCCUCCCACUGGACUAAACAGCUCCUUCCCCUUGUAGUGGGCUAAUGUUUUUUAAGCAAUCCCAUCACCCAUCUGGUGGGAGAGCCCUCCAAAUGGUAAACCUAAAAUAAAUGGUUCUUGGGAGAGGUUCAAUAUUUCUCCAUUUUGUUCUUUAGAAGAUUUAGGUGUUAGUUUUUGUUUUAUUUUAACCUAUAGUUUAGGAAUUCAGGGGUGAAUGUCAUAGCUAACUUGGAAUUUGUAACCUCUGCUCUGGGAGAGGGUUUUUCCUGAACGAUUAUUAUCUAGUUUAAGUAUGUUCUUGCUUUAGGGUUGUGGCAUGCUUGUUUGUGUUACCGCGUUACUGUGGUACCAUGCCACGUGCCCUUCCUUAGAGGACUGGAAUCUUUCCAAUAGACCACAUGUGAGGUAGUGUGAGUCAGUGUGCAGUGUAGCCCACACUUGAGAGUAUGAAUGUAUGUGCACUGUCACUUUGCUCUGGGUGGAAGUAGUUUGUUGUAAUUUGUUUGCUCUGUUCCUAUAGCCUCCUUUUGAAUAGAAUUAUUAAAACUCACCCCUCUCCACGUAUUUAAAUAACACUGCCUCUGCUGGGUGGUAUUUACAUCCAGAACUUCAGAAUUCAGACUCAGCUGGCUUCCUUUCCCUGUUGGAAACUGGGGGAAGAACUUUGCAAAUAUUGAGGUUGAGAGUGGAGGGCUCAGCCUCACUCCAGAUUCGGACAAGGGAAAUAGGAAACAUGAGAUCAGAGCAUUGGCCUUUUGGGGGACACAGGGAGGGGCAGUGGGAGGCAUUCUUUCAAGGGGAUAAGAAACAGAGGCUUCUAACUCUGGAGCCUUUCAAAGAGUUAGAGGAGACAGAGGAGUUUACUCUUGCCACAGGUCAUGGACACCUCAACAGUCAUGUUUUUAUAAAUGGAGAUGGGACCCUGAUGACUCUCACCCUCUCUUCCCAUUUUCCCAUUUUCAUAUGUCUUUGAGCUCCCUUUCCCCUCCUUGGUGCUUAUAUUCCAGACCCUUCAGACAAACCUUGUCAGCAACAGUAUUUUACUCCUCAGUUCUCACCAUUCCCUCUGGUCGUUGAGCCUUUGGAUAAAAACUCAUGUUCACAAUGGAGCGAGGUUUUGUUGGAAAAGGUGACUUUCCUCUAACUGCACCUCUACAUUUGGCUCAUCAAACUGUGGGUUGGCUGUAAGGCAGGGUGGAAGUUUUCCUAUUUCUCAGUGACCAGAUUGUGAAUGUUUCUGUAUGAAUUUUCUAUUAUUAAUGUUACGGUGGUUCUGUUUAAAAAUAAAAAUUCUGGACAUACAUAUGACAUCAUAGGUGCAU